GCCAUUUUGUACGUCUUUAGUCGUUCCAAAACCUGGCAAGAACAAGGAGCACCGACUGCGGGGCGCUAGACGACCGAGUUCGGCCGAUCCCGCUGCGUGACGUCAGCCUCGGGCACUUCCGCCUCCGCGCUCGGGUCCAGUCGGAGAAUCUCUUUUUUUUCCCCCUCCUUCCUGUUACCUCACGUUCGUUUAGUCGUGAGUCGCCGCCCACAUCAGCCUCACUUUCGUGGCAAUGACAGAAGAGGCUGUCCCUAUUUCGUAUGUUCCUGCACAGGAGAUGCGCUGUGUUCUACACUGGUUUGCACAAUGGACAGAAGCACAGCGCAAACAUUUUCUUCAGGAUUUGCUGUGCAAGGCUGUGCCUGGCAAACUGAGUCUACUACUUGAUGGACUGGGCUCCCUGAACCUUUCCCCUCCACCCCCUAGCCUAUUUAAGUGCCAGAUAAGACUCUGGGAUCAGUGGUUCCAGGGCUGGGAUGAGGAUGAAAGGAAUGAGUUUUUACGCCGUUUGCAGCAGCAAGAACCAGAUUUUGUGGCACUGUUCUAUAAGGAGAUGACCGGAACAACAAGCAAGGUCUGAUAACCGCAGGAGCUGGAACUGGUCCUGAGAAAUUAAAAUGA